AAAGAGAUAGCUUAGGGGAAUGGAUGGAUUACAUUGGAUGGGUGAGGAAAGCUUUUUCUCACAGCAAUGGCAGCCCAAGGGUCUCAUUGAGCCCAAACCUUAAAGGGAUAAUUAUUUUUAAAAAUAGGUGGCGAAUCAUCGUCCACUCCUUUGGUUUCACGGCAACAUAAUAAAACGCUCUGCCUUAAUCCUCAGAUCCAAACGACUCCGUUUUAGAUCUACAAUCUACAAUGUCUUCCUCUUUCAGCGGCGAUGAAACGGCACCCUUCUUCGGCUUCCUCGGCGCUGCUGCUGCCCUCGUCUUCUCCUGUAUGGGAGCUGCAUAUGGAACAGCCAAGAGUGGAGUUGGUGUGGCGUCAAUGGGUGUGAUGAGGCCUGAACUGGUGAUGAAGUCUAUUGUGCCAGUUGUUAUGGCUGGUGUUUUGGGUAUAUAUGGGUUGAUUAUUGCUGUCAUUAUCAGUACUGGAAUUAACCCCAAGGCUAAAUCAUAUUACCUUUUUGAUGGUUAUGCUCAUCUAUCAUCUGGUCUCGCUUGUGGUCUUGCUGGGCUUUCUGCUGGAAUGGCAAUUGGAAUUGUCGGUGAUGCAGGUGUCAGAGCUAAUGCACAGCAACCAAAACUUUUUGUUGGAAUGAUCCUUAUCCUCAUCUUCGCUGAAGCACUUGCCCUUUAUGGUCUUAUUGUUGGCAUCAUUUUGUCUUCUCGAGCUGGCCAGUCCAGAGCAGAAUAAGGAGGGAGUUGCACCGCCUAGUGAUCUUCUCUUUUUGUUGUCACUCCUAAAGACAGAUUUUUUAAUUGUUCUCAGGUCAACGGCACUUGCAGGGUCACAAAACUUGUUGUGGAAGAUACUGCACUGCCAGUCGUUUGGAUACUGCUAUGUGUUUUUCUAGAAGUAGGAUUCAGUUUGUCUGCAUAAUAAAGGUUGGGAAGGUUUCCUCAUUUGGUUUUAUUUGUCUUGUAAUUUGUAGGAAGUUGAAACUGUUAAAUGAAUUGGUGCAUGUAUUAUCUUGAUAGCUAAUCAAUUUUCAGUUCAAGCUUCCAUUAA